AUGUUGGUUUCUGUGCCGACGUUGGUAUUGCUGUUAUCAUUACAGCAGUGCAAGUACACCAUAGCAUCAUCAGUCUUUGCUGGUUCACCACCACGAAUUCGCUACGAUACUGCACAGCAUGGAAUAAUGGAUAAAUUUAUUAAGAGCUACAGUUCACUGAUGUGCUUUGGCGAGUGUCGUAAGCUAGGAGAUGCAUGUGAAGCGUUCAGUUAUAGUUCAUUUGAAAGACAGUGCUACAUUCACGAGACGUUCGAGGAAGAUCAACUCACCUCAAGGAAGGGUUGGUUAUUUGUAUCAAAAAAUGAUAUGCCGCAAAUCACAGGCGAACAGAUUGCCAUGGAAUUGUCUGCGUGUUCGACCACUAACUGUAUGGCGUUUUCGUGGUGUGUAUCUAGUGAUGUAGACUCUCAAUGCAUCUGCCGUGCAAAAGAACCGUACUUCGGCGACACCUGCAGUGUUCCCAUGGCACUGCCACAUUGGGGUGCAUGGGACUCGUGGUCUGUCUGUACAGUCUCAUGUGGAACUGGAUAUCAAUAUCGAACACGAUCAUGUGGUAAAUCAACUGCUGUUCCUGAUAAUAUGGUUUGUGAAGGCUAUAGUGUUGAUUACCGACGUUGUAAUCAGAUGGCGUGUCCAGUUUGGUCGAUGUGGAGUGAAUUUUCAUGGCCUCAGUCAUCUGAGGGCACUGUUGCCCGGAGUAGAGUGUGCUUGAAUGGAGGUACAGUGAAUGUUGACAAGGGUUGUAUGGGUGAGACAAUGGAAUCAAGGAAUGUUGUCAUCAACUCAUAUUCUGUCCCAAGCAGAAUAACUGCUUCUGGAGAUGACAGUAAGAGCAAUGUCGAAGUAUUUAUUCCCCAACUUGGCCAGUGGGCAACGUUACAGAGUAAUAGAUGGGACAUGGAUAGCGCCAACGUGUCAUGCAGACAAAUUGGAUUUCCUGGUACUAUAGAUGUGAACACGUCAAGCCAACUUCCAAUGAUGCGAGCUGUAAUAAGUGGUCUAAGUUGUGUCGGGAAUGAAGGGUCUAUAUUCCAGUGUCCACGGCAAGAACUGAGAUUUGAAUUCGGCUCUCAACAUGAUGAUACAAGUGUGACUUGUGAAGAAGAUGAUAGUUUGGGGCAAUGGAGCGGUUGGAGUUCUUGUUCUGUGACGUGUGGAUGGGGAUUACAAACGAGAACACGAUCGUGUAUUAUUUCCUCGAACCCAACAAAUAUGGAAUCAAAUGUCUGCGCUCCAGAAAACUUACACGAACAAAGAAGUUGUGUGCGCAUCAAGGCAUGCGGAUGUGCAGCAAUCAUUGACAAUUAUUUUUUUGAGAAUAUUAACUCAGCUGAUCAUUACUGGGAGAAGCAGGUAAAGUGCAACACCGGAUUUUCCUUAGUUGGAAAUAAUGUGAUCAGAUGUAUCAAUGGUAAAUGGACUUCAUUACCGACAUGUCAAGACAUUGACGAGUGUCAGAUUGAUAAUGGUGGUUGUAUUCAUGUGUGCACCAAUGGCAUUGGGAAUUUCACAUGUAGCUGUCCUGCUGGAGCUGUUCAAAGAUCUAGUGGAUGCUUUAAUAUGGGACCUACUGUAGAAUGUUCGCGUUAUUUUAGGUCGUUCGAAAUAACAAAGUGGAACGUUGCUAAAGACAGGUGUGCUGAAUUUGGUGGAACACUGGCAAUUCUUAACUCUACAACAAAACACUCUACAUUAAACCAUUACGUCAACACUAUGUCUGGCUCUUUGUGGCUAGGUAUGAAGAAAGUGUCUGGCCAGUAUCAGUGGCUAGACAACACAACAAGUUGCAUUUCCGAAAAUUGGUAUCCCAACGAUACUGGAGAUGAAAUAUGUGUCAGAACGUAA